AAAACAAAAACGAAAUUAAAACGACCUAUGCGGCUAUGCCCUGUUUCUGCCCUAAAACUUUUCUUCUUCCUCCCGUUUGCGACUGAGAAUUCUUCUUUGUCGUUGAUACCGGCAACCGGCGAUUCACAAGAAGAUUGUAGAGGUUCAGUUGGACGGCAGUUGCAGAGGCUGCGAGGGCGAGAUCUCCCUUGCCCUAUCUUUUUUGGUUCUCUACUUCGUCGACGAGGCGAGGCAUCAGAUGUAAAACAUAGAAAUUAUUUGAAGAUGAUGUAACCAGAACCCUAAUUACUUGCACAGUUCAGAUGAGUGACAGAGAGGCACAAAGUUCGAAUCAGUUGAACGAGUUUGGCGCCAUUUUUCCUCGUAUAGAGAGGAGCAGAAACCCACUCAUCUCUUUGUAGGGAGUUGCACUGGAGUAACGCUAUAUAUGGGUGACUCCUUCACAAUUCAGAUAAGCUCCAACUUAAUCAAUCGACUUGCUGCUGAUGGAGACAAGGUGAAAAAGAAAACCAAAAAACCUAAGCAUAAAAUACCACAUGGCAAUGACCAGUCACAGAGCAAAGCACACCAGAAGCAGACUGCUGGUGUUUCUGGGACACCAAGGGGUUCAGGUGUUGCUGGAUGGCCUCUCCAGCCCCCUGUUUUCUUGCCUGUAGGCCCUCCACCUACAGUUGCAAAUGCAGAGUUGGCUGCUAUCCAAUCAACCCUUCAAGAGAGCGAGAGGGUUGUGGAAAGGUUGCAGAAGCAGGAGGAAAACAUGGUACAAGAAGUAACACAAAGAGCCAAAGAACUCCAUGAUAAAGAGUUCAAGCUUCCCUACCAGAAGCCUCUGCCUUGUUUAGCUGAGAAAGAUGCUUGCUUGGAAUGUUACAAGGAAAAUGUGAAGGAUCCUCUUAAAUGUGCCCAAGUUGUGAAAUCAUUUGUAGACUGUGCUCGCAAAGAGAGGCAGCAGGUGAGCUCAGUACCUGAUUGAUUAGUAGACCUUGGGAAUUUUAAUUUUACUGGGAGCUAUAUGCAUUUGCUUCGCUGAGCGUGAUCCAAUACCAGUUUGAUGAAGACUUGAGAGUUGUCUCUUGCUAAUAAUGUUUCUUCACAUUCUUGUGCUUAAUCAUGCAUCUUCAUGCUGUCAUUUGAAAAGGACAUGUAAACUCUGGUUUAUCAUGAGAGCUUUAUUCA